GGACAAGUUUUCAAUCCCUCAAGACUCAGGAAAUCGGAUCCUACAGUGAACACCAUGUACCAACUGAAGAAAACCGAUGGACUCGUGCAUCUCGGAGACCCACAACGCAAUGCCAAUAUCCCCUUCCAGACUAAUAACAAUAACAAACCCAAAGUGCAGUCAUCAAUCAGUCGUCGUCGGCCAUCAAGUGCCAAAAGAGCACCUGAAUUAUCCAAGCCAAGUGCUCGGACUGAGCACACGGCAACAAUAGCCUCAGAAGCUACCAGAGCCCCGGAAAUGGAAUCUGAUCAGGUUGUUCGAGGUUGGUGGAAUGCUGAUGAAGAAAUGGCUGAUGAUGAGAACGUCGUCGAGGCACAGCCGGAAAGAGCCGUUGACGACUUCCCCAAGCACCGUCGACACCUGAGGGCAUCUGGGGUGAAAGAUGAACUCAAGCUUCCUCCUGUGUCGGAACUGACUGUGUUGGAAAACCCGGAAACUUCAGCAGGCGGCAUGGACGAAUUUUUUGAUGUUCCACUUGAUGAUCGCGUUCUCGAGUCUCCCACCAAUGUGAGUGGCAGGAUGAGAGAACCCAGUAAACCUGGUCGAAAUGCCAAAAGACAAAAGCGACCCUCUUCGAAUAGAACCAGCAAUGCUGUUCGCUCCCUUUUGUCCAAGAGUGUGCCCAGUCCUUCCCAGGCUACGUCGAUGACGCGUCUGGGAUAUACUCAACUGAUCAUGGCUUUCCUGCACCUCACCUAUUACACGUUUUUCAACGCUCUUUCCAUCUACUAUUUGCGUGAAAGUUUCCACGAUGUAUUGCCUUGGAGUUCAUGCAACGCGAGCCACGUUUUGCCAGAAGAUAUCUGCUUCUUCAAGAAAGAACCACCAGCGGAAGUUGCUCAAAUCGCUCGCUAUGCUCCUGAAAUCUACCUCAAGUCGUAUGUGCUGGAAAUGGAGGAUUUGUCUGUGGAGCUUGGCCACGGGAUCGGUGAAAUUGUGCCCAUGUUGGUCUUGUACACGUCCAUCGCCUGUGUUGCUCUGUUCCUGGUAUGCAUCAGUGGCUGCCUGGGGCAUGGAAUGGCAUUCAAGAAGGAUUCAAUCCAACCUUUGAACAUAUCAGUAGAUCCGAGGGAUUCUUACAGAAUGGUGAUCCUGGACGUGCUCAACAGUUUGCUGUGCGCAUCCGUGAUUUUCGCAUUCCUUGGCUACAUUUCCCAAAUGAAGGGGUUGCCAGUGUCGUCGAGCCUGUUGCUGGACCCUAAUCACAUUGUGUUUAUCACCAUUUCCUCGUUAUGUGCACUUGUUCCUCACGUGCCUCAGUUGUUUGCUGUUGUCACGUACCUCCUGAUUUUGUUCAUGGGACUUGCAAAUGUUUCGUGCUACGUCAUCGUUCUCUCAGUUGGCAUCACUGACAUCUGGCCUCGUCUCAAAAAAACUAUGCUGCGACCUUUCAUCAUCAUUCUUGUCUUGAUCAGUUCACUGUUGUACAGCCUCAAUACGGGUCAGUACUGGGUGGUGCUCGUCAAUGGGUCAUUUCAGCAGUACAUUCUGGUGGGAUUGGCACUGUCUGAGGUUUUGGUGAUGUGCUAUAUUUACGGGGUGAAUAAAUUGUGCACUGAUAUAGAGUUCAUGGUCGGGAUUUACCCCAACAACUUCCUUCGAUUUAUGUGGCGGUUCGGGACGCCGUGCCUCCUCGUCCUCCUUGUGAUGCUGAUGAUUCUCGACCCACCGAAACCUCAAUACACCACUUAUAUUUAUCCGGAUUGGGUCACCAGACACCAUGAUCUAAUACUUUUCUCUUAUUUUUCGCAUUCUUCUUCCUCUUGGGACGGGGUUCCGUCGACAGCGGUUUUACGCGUGCUUCGACUAUUCGAGGUUCUGGGGGCCGCAGGAAAUGCGCACCCGGGCCUUGUGGGAAGCACACAAACGUCAGUUCCAAUACCGCUUACAUCCCUGGUGGCCGUCACCAUAAUCAACAAAGGUUCGCGGAACCGAACCCUGGGCUCCAUUAGAUAA